AUGGAAUCAUACGACAACCCCGAGGUUGCGGCGGCUGCUGACGCUCCUGGCGCUGUCGACUCAGUCUCGGCAGCCGAAUUUGCUUCUGCUGUCGGUUCAGGCGCCGGUGAGGCGCCUGCUGAAGGCGUGCUUUCUGGUGUUGGCCCCAACGCUGAGGCUGCCCAAAAGGUCGCUCGAGACAAGGGUUGGACCGACCCAGUUCCCUUCGAGUAUGCCGAGCUUGCUAAUAGCAAGGAUCAUCUGGAUUGGGCUGGAGUUGCCGUCCGUUAUGAAUGGAAGGACGAAUAUGGUGAUGUUGGCCCUGCCGUCCCUGAAUUAGAGGAUCAGCUUUUCCAUGGAGAACUGAUUGCUCGAGCUGGGGCUAAGCUCGACGAGCUGAACAGUUACAAGGUCAACAUCGAGAGUCCUAACGAGAUCAGGGCGGUUACCGAGUGGGCAAACUUUGGUCUGCAUCCGGUAAUGCUCGAGAACAUUCGUCUGUGCGGGUAUGAACAGCCCACUGCGGUGCAGUCUUAUGCAAUCCCGGCUGUACUAGCUAACCUUGAUGUUAUUGCCGUGGCCCAAACUGGCUCUGGAAAGACGGGUGCCUUCCUCAUUCCAAUCCUCUCCAAGUUGAUGGGCAAGGCGAGGAAGCUCGCUGCUCCUCGGCCUAACACUGCGGAAAGAUUUAACCCGCGGGAGGAUGCUGUUCGAGCAGAGCCUUUGGUUCUGAUCGUCUGCCCCACUCGCGAAUUGGCGACUCAGAUCUUUGAUGAAUCGCGUCGUUUGUGCUAUCGCUCCAUGCUGCGUCCGUGUGUCGCUUAUGGCGGUGCUCCUGCUCGCCUCCAGCGUGAGGAGCUUCAGAAAGGAUGCGAUAUUCUGAUUGCCACUCCAGGCCGUCUUCUCGACUUCAUGGAGCAGACCCACGUUCUUUCUCUCCGCCGCGUUAGGUACACCGUCAUCGACGAGGCAGAUGAGAUGCUGGAAUCUGACUGGGAGGAAGAGUUCAAGAAGAUAAUGUCAGGAGGAGAUGUGAAUGAGGAUGAUGAUCACCGCUACUUGAUGUUCUCCGCUACCUUCAACAAGGAGUUCCGGAAACUUGCAAAGCAAUACCUCAGCCAGGACCAUGUGCGUCUCCGUGUUGGCAGGGCUGGCAGUUCGCACCUCAAUGUUGUGCAGGAUAUCAUCUGGGUUGAUAAGGAAAAGAAGAUGCGCGCAGUCUAUGACCUUCUGAUCAGCAUGCCGCCUGUUCGCACCUUGAUUUUCGUCAACAGCAAGGAGCAGGUUGACUUCGUCGAUGAUUACCUCUACAACUCUGGAAUGCCCACCACCUCGAUUCACAGUGGACGGACUCAGCGUGAACGCGAGGAUGCUAUGCGUGCCUUCCGGUCUGCCAAGUGUCCUAUCAUGGUCGCUACCGGCGUCUCCGCUCGUGGGCUCGAUGUGAUCAAUGUGCUCCACGUCAUUAACUACGAUCUCCCCAGCGUUAUGCACGGGGGCAUCACUGAAUACAUUCACCGUAUCGGCCGUACUGCUCGCAUUGGAAACGAGGGCAUCGCCACCUCUUUCUACAAUGAACGCGAUGAGGGCCUUGCCGAGGACCUUGUUAAGAUCUUGGUCGAAUGCAAGCAAGUGGUCCCAGAGUUCCUUGAACAGUACCGCCCUGAGGGUGAUGUGCUGGAGUUUGACGAUGACUCUGACAAAGAGUUCUUCGAUAAUCCGUCUGACGCUGGCUCUGGCGCUGAGGCUGACCAUGAAGCUGAAUCCAACGCUGAUGCUGACGCUGAAUCUGUUGCAGCUGAACCUGAUGAAGCUGGAGAGACUGACAAAGUAAUUGCAAGUGAUAUUGAAGAUGACAAGCCUGCUGUUCCCAAGCCCACUGUUACAUCUGAGGAGGAAGAGGAGGCUUGUACACAGUGGACGGCUGCCCCAACUGCGAGUGAACGCAAGAAGCCGAAGGAGACCAAGGCUGGCCUGGCCCAUUCCAAUUGGGCGCCCGAGCCCGCUCCCGCUCCUCCCAAGGAUGAUGAUUCAUUCUGGAUGUAG